GCCGAGCCGGCCGGCACCUUCCUCAUCAGGGACAGCUCGGACCAGCGGCACUUCUUCACCCUCAGCGUCAAGACGGAGUCGGGCACCAAGAACCUGCGCAUCCAGUGCGAGGGCGGCAGCUUCUCCCUGCAGAGCGCCCCCCGCCGCGGCCAGCCCGGCCAGCCCGUGCCUCGCUUCGACUGCGUGCUCAAGCUGGUACAUCACUACAUGCCGCCCGCCCCUUGCGCCGUCCCCGAGCAGCCGGGGGGGACCCUGCACCCCAAGCGCACCUACUACAUCUACUCGGGCGGCGAGAAGAUCCCCCUGGUGCUGAGCCGCCCGCUCUCCUCCAGCGUCUCCACCCUGCAGCACCUCUGCCGCAAGACCGUCAACGGGCACCUGGACUCCUACGAGAAGAUGACUCAGCUGCCGGCUCCCAUCAAGGAGUUCCUGGACCAGUACGAUGCCCCCCUCUAAGGGGCCAGAGGAACGAGGUUACACGCUACAAGCACAAGAGCGGGGGACAGGCACAACGCCCCGCCAGCGCGGGGAC